AUGGAAAAAAGCGAAGACUUUCAAGAAAGAAUAGUUGUAGAAGCGAUAAUAAGCAAAAACAAGCUUGUAGAGCUUCUAAGCAAUAAAAAAUCAACAAGCGAAAAUGAAGUUGUGAAAGAGCAGUUUAAAGAACAGAAAUCACGUCUAGACAAAAUUGAAGAGAAACUGCAAAAAAUAAAAAAAACAGAUGAAAAAAAUAUCAAGAAAACGAUUGAAGCCAACAAAGAGACAUGGACCACAGUUGUCAGAAAGAGUGUGGACAAAGAGUUGAAAGUUGUGCAAGAAAAAGUCAAAAUGUUAAAGGUUCCGUGCGAGAAUACGGAUAUAAAAAGUGUGUUUAGACUUGGAAAAAUCAAAGAAGGAGAAAAUGGAAGACCUCUUUUGAUAGAAUUUCUUGAUGGAACACUGAAAAACAGAGUUUUAGAAAAUUUGUCAAAACUCCGAAAUGCGGAUGAAAAUUUUAGAAGGAUAUCGGCGACGCACGAUAUGACAAAAACAGAAAGAGACCAAUGCCGAGAGCUAGUGAAGGAGUCAAAAAUUAGACAAAGCAAAGAAACAUUGGGGGAAUUUAUUUUCAAGGUGAAAGGUCUACCAGGAGACAUGAGAAUUGUAAAGCUGAAGAAAUAUUAA